ACUGGUAAACAUGGUAGGUGAAUUCAGGGUCCGCUCUCGGACAUUCUUUCAUUCGUGACAAGUCCUCUACAAUGGCAGACUCCGGAUCUGGCCGUGGAGGCUUCAGAGGUGGCUUUGGCACCCGUGGACGAGGGCGUGGUCGUGGCCGUGGUCGCGGACGUGGCCGUGGACGUGGCAAGGAGAAUGAGAAAGAAUGGGUGCCCAUUACCAAGCUUGGAAGAUUAGUAAAGGAUGCAAAGAUUAGAAGUUUGGAGGAGAUUUAUCUUUUCUCCCUUCCCAUCAAGGAGUUUGAGAUCAUUGACUUUUUCCUUGGACCUAAGUUGAAGGAUGAGGUACUAAAGAUCAUGCCUGUCCAGAAACAAACACGUGCUGGACAGCGUACUCGCUUCAAGGCAUUUGUUGCCAUUGGAGACUUCGACGGACAUAUUGGUCUUGGUGUGAAAUGUAGCAAGGAAGUUGCCACUGCUAUUCGUGGUGCCAUUAUCUUGGCAAAGCUAUCUAUUGUCCCUGUUAGGCGAGGUUACUGGGGUAACAAGAUCGGCAAGCCCCACACUGUACCUUGUAAGGUGACUGGCAAAUGUGGUUCAGUUUUGGUGAGACUCAUCCCUGCUCCACGUGGUACUAGCAUUGUUGCAGCCUCUGUUCCCAAGAAGCUUCUGCAGAUGGCUGGUAUUGAAGAUUGCUAUACCAGUGCCCGAGGACAAACUGCUACCUUGGGUAACUUUGCCAAGGCCACGUAUGCUGCUAUUGCCAAGACCUACGCAUACCUCACUCCAGAUUUGUGGAAGGAGACUGUAUUUACAAAAUCUCCUUACCAAGAAUUCACCGAUUACCUGGCAAAAUAUCACAAGAUAAGCUCUGAACAGCGCCAGGAAACAAAACUGUAUUAAAGUUUUCCCGUAAAUAAAAGAUCGGUGUAAAA